AUGGAAGCGAAGUUUUCGUCCCUGUUGCGAAGCGUUCUGGAGACCAAAGCGAAGGAGCUCCGUGACGUCAGCAAGUUCCUCUGGGAGAACCCGGAGACAGCGCUGCGCGAGACCAAGGCCCACGACAAGCUGUGCGAGUUUCUCGAAGGACAGGGCUUCAGAGUGCGCCGACACUACUACAUGGACACGGCAUUCAGGGCCGAGUACGGUGCGCCGGGAGGCACCAAUGGACCCACGGUGGCCGUUAUGGCGGAAUACGACGCCCUGCCAAGCAUUGGCCAUGGCUGCGGUCACAACUUGGUUGCUCAGAGCGCUCUCGGGGUCGCCGUGACUGUCAAGCAAGCCAUGGACAAGUUCACCCACCUCAAGGGAAAGAUCGUGGUUCUUGGCACGCCUGCUGAAGAAGACAAAGUGGGCAAGAUAACGCUGCUCGAGAAGGGCGCCUUCGACGACAUCGACGUGGCCAUGAUGGCGCACCCUGGUUCCCAGGACGUACUGAGGAUGGAGUUCUCGUCCAGCCAGAAGGUGCGAGACUUUAGGGACCUGACGGUGACGUACACGGGCAAGGCGGCGCACUCAGCCGCCAGUCCUUGGGAAGGCGUGAACGCCGCAGAUGCGGCUGUGUCGGCUUAUCUCGGCCUGGUGCUGCUCAGGCGUCGCAUCAGGGACACGGACAGCAUACUGGCCCUGAUCAAGGACUGCGGCCAGUACCCGAACGUAAUCGCCGAGUCCAGCCAGCUCGUGUGCAGCGUACUGACGCCAGAGCCCGAGGACGAGUUGGACACACUGCAGGCGCGAGCCGAGCGCUGUCUGGCCGCGGCCGCCCACGCCACGGGAUGCAAGGCGACCAUCGCCCGAGGACGCCGAUGCAGGCUGUUCGCGCACAACGACGCGCUCGUCAGGGCAUACAUGACUCACGGAAAGGCAAUGGGCGUGCCCUUCGUGGACAUGGACCGGACCUAUCCAGUGUACGCGAGACGCACCUGCGACUCAGCCAACGUGUCGCAAGAGGUGCCCACGCUGCUUCCACAGUUCGCCAUCGGCCCGGUUGAAGCCAGCCACUCGAGGGAGUUCGCACGCGUCGCAGGAUCCGAGGAAGCCCAGGCUUCCACAAGGAGGGUGAGCCUGUUGCUGGCUCUGACUGCUCUGGACGUGUUCGCCGACCCCCAACUGCUGUCCGAUGCGCGAAAGGACCUGAGAAAAUGGAAGGCGGCCAGGCAGCCGCGCUGUACCUGCCCCAGUGUGGGGGAGUCUAACUUGAAGGCCAAUUGA